AAGGCCGACUGCGGAGGAUAUUGCGGGAGAGAGAGAUCGUUUACGGACAUGUCCCUCAUGACAGUAUUCAGAUGUUGACUGCAUCCAUGCUCCAGUGAAUCUAAUGAAGAGAGAGGCUCCCUGAGGUAGCUAAAGCAGUAAUAUUUUAUCUCAGAUCAUUUCAAAAGUCUCCAGGAGCAGUUAGACACAAUGGGGUUUCUAAUCCCAUUGUGUGUGGUGCUACUACUGAAGAAUAAUGAAGUUUACACCACUACUACACCAUCAAACAAGGACAGUUUUACAGAAAUGACAACCAGCAUAGCAACCGCAACUGACCCAUGCUAUGACUAUAAUAUUCUGGAAGAUUACUGGAGAGACAUACGUCAAUAUGGCAAUUAUGGACAUGAUGACACUCUUGUUGAGUGGAAUGGUUGGUAUCGGUUCUAUCUAAACAGAGAACCUGCUCAAUUGUCUGAAUGGUGCGUGCAUUACAUCUCAUGUGGUGGUAAUAGUGGACUAAAGCUCAAAGGUUCUCAUCCACAUCUUGAGGAUGGAGUGGUGACACGUGAAGUUUUGGGAUUUUCCUCCUUUGACUGCGAUAGCUACAGAUCCAACCCCAUCCAGAUCAAAGCAUGUCCUGGAGAUUAUUAUGUCUAUAAACUUGUCAAACCAGAUGAGUCGAUCUACAUACCUUCAUACUGUGCAGUCACUUUCUUCAGUCCAACUGUCGACCCUUGUGACAGCUAUACCAGUCUGGACGAGCCUUGGAGAUCCACCAGCAAUACUUAUUCCUAUAAUUACAACUAUCACAAUUCAGUUUGUGAUUAUAAUGUCAAUUGGAAUGGCUGGUACAGACUUUUCUAUCAGGGUCAGAGUGCACAGAUGCCUGAGUCAUGUGUAAAUUAUGGCUCAUGUGGCACUUAUCACCCACUGUGGCUCAAUGGCCAUCACCCACAGCUGGAAGAUGGAGUGGUCACCAGGCAAGUCUGUGCUUCUUCUUGGAGUGACUGUUGUGAUUACAGGUCCUAUCCCAUACAAGUGAAAGCCUGUCCUGGAAAUUACUAUGUCUAUGAGUUUGUCAGUCCAACAUUCUGUUCAGCCUACUGUGCAGAAGUUAGAAGCCUAAACCCCUCAUCAACAACAAUGCCAAUGUCCAUCACAACCACUGCUGUAACAGACCCAUGUGUUGAGCUGAAAUGUACUGAUGGCGAACGGUGUGGAGAGAAAGAUGGAAUCUAUGGCUGUUUGUGUAACGAGAACCAUCUCCCACUCAACCACAACAUUUAUGAUUCCUUUGAAAUUUGUGAAAGCAGCUCUGGUUUCCUCUCACUGUCCCGCUGUCAGCUUUUUGAGGAUGGUUUUCCUGCUGAAAAACUACACCUCAGUGAUUCUAACUGCAAAGGAACUGUCCAGAAUGGCAGAGUGGAGUUCCAUUUUGAUAGCAAUGACCACCUCUGUGGUACAAAACUUAUGGCUAAUGGCACGCACUUUAUCUAUGAGAAUGUUAUUUUGGGGGAGGUGGAAUCAACUCAGGAGGUCAUCAGGAGGAAGAGUCAUCUGAAGCUGCCUGUCUCCUGCAUAUAUCCUCAAAGCCAAUCAUUUUCUAUGAACAUGCACAUCAACCCUCUGGAAAGCAUUUUGCACAGGAAGAUUCCUGCUGGUCAAGGCACAUAUAAGGUCAGGAUAGUUCCAUAUCAGGAUCCUGAGUUCUCCCAACCCUUCACUGGUAGUCUGAAUGUGGAGGUGGAUCAACCAAUUUUUGUGGAAGUUGCUAUAGAUGGGAUUGACGGCCAACAGAGUGCAAUGCUGAUAGAUGCAUGUUGGGCAACACCUGUGAAUGACCCUCAUUAUGAUGUCCGCUGGGACCUCAUUGUUGGAGAGUGCCCAAAUCCAAAAGAUGACACAGUGGAUCUGCUGCAGAAUGGUGUGUCCACAUCAGGUCGUUUCUCCUUUAGGAUGUUUACCUUCACUGCAGACUCUGAUAAGGUUUUCCUGCAUUGUUCCGUUCACCUUUGCCUUCUGAAAAACAAUGACUGCUCAGCGCACUGUGAACCUGGUUACCACAGGAGAAUACGCAGAUCUUUGGACUUCCAUGACACAGCUUCCAUAUCUGUGGGUCCUCUGAUCAGGACAAAAAGCAAAACAGAUAAAUGGGCCACAGACUAAGUGAGGGAAUCCAGGGCCUCAGUUCUGUGUGGUUCUUUGAUGGCUUUGCUUGUGUAUCUCUUGACUGACCAGAUCCUCUUCUAGAAUAUUUCAACAAAUAUUAGGAAACAUUUUAGAUAGAUCUGGUUGAAUGAUACACUGUACAUAUAACUUAUAUGGCCUUAGUGUGUUUAAUUAUAAAGCCUCAUUAUUUGAAAAAUUACUUGGCAUUGUUAAACUGUGAUUAUUAUUAUUAUUUAUUUUUUUCUGAAUCUGACAUAAUUGAUAAUUAUUCAUUAUUACGUGCAAUACAUUCAAAAUAAUUAUACAUUUUAUUUUGAAAGUUAAAAUAUUAACAGACCCAUGCUAAUAUUUUGCUACUGUCAUGAAAUGUCAGAUCAAAGUUUACAUUAUGUGUGUCCAGUUUUUUGUAUUGAAGAAUGAAAAACAAGUAUAAAUAUAGCCACAACUAUUUGACUGAACAGAUCCUGUGGAUGCUAAGAAAAAGGCAAAAAUCAGUACAAUUACAAUAGUAGCUGAAGCAGUAGUUACUUAAGCAAAAGCAUUGCAAAGCACAGUUUCAGGUUCAAGUGAGCCAAAAAUAUACUUAUUUAUAUAUUUCUCAGGGUGUAAAUAAGGUAGCUCAGAAACACUGCUUUUGUUGUAUUCCCAAUCAUGUCACCUGUAACUGAGUUAAAGUUCAUGUUGAUAUGACAAAGCCCUCAAAAGUUAUAGCAUUGCAAAAAUAAAUGAUCCUAGUGUCCAAAAGCAUCUCCAAGUGUCCAAAAGCCCUCUUAACAAAUAAAACAUAACAACUGUACACAUGAACUAAUUACACAUGCAAAUACAUCAAUGAUUAAAGGCAUCUCUCUCACUAGUGCAUGCAGGCAUGAAUAAUGAGAUCUCAUUCAGUUCCAUUCUGUGUCAUGUGAACCACACAGCCAUCUCCUGGUAGCCAUAUGUAAUUAUCUUGAACGAUCCUCUUUGCCCAUAUUUGGAUGACUUCCACCACUGGUUGAAGCGAUCAGAAUCAUAAUAGGAUUGGUUUAGCGUUCCAUGACGCUGGACAAUGUACUACAUAAUUUCCGACGAAGUCAUCUUCCAUGAAAAUCUAAUGUGUUUUU